AUGAGUGAUUUGCCAUUGACACAGAAAGUUGCCGUCGUUGUCCGUGAAGGAGGCUCGGGAGAACCGUUCAGAUUUGAGGUCCGUUCCGUGCCUGUCCCCGAGAUUAAAGCAUGGGAGGUACUAGUCCGAUUGUCGGUAUCAGGCGUAUGUGGGACAGACCUUGGUCUUGCCAGUGGUCACCUCGGGCCCGCAUGCGACAUCGUAGGCCAUGAAGGCGUGGGACGGGUAGUUCGGCUUGGGUCUGGCGUCGACCCAGCCAUCAUCCACGUAGGAGAGCGUGUCGGUGUGGCCUGGGUACGGGACGCUUGCGGCAAAUGUCAGCCAUGCUGCGAGCUGGGUGGCGAGACCAGGUGCACAGAACAGCUCAAUUCUGGACGCAAGAUCGAUGGGACGUUCGCGCAGUAUUGCGUAGUGCCUGCUCGGUACGUCCUCCGGUUGCCCGACGAACUCGAUCUGGGCGACGAGCUGAUUGCACCAAUUCUAUGCGGUGGUGUCACGGCGUACAAAGCGAUCAAGAGCUGCAGAGCUGUUCCAGGUGACUGGAUUGUGGUCUUGGGUGCUGCAGGUGGCGUGGGUGCGCUUGCAGUGCAGUAUGGCAAGGCUAUGGGAUAUCGAGUAAUAGCUAUCGACCUAGGCGACGAGCGGAGAGAAUCGUGUAUUCGCCAGGGUGCCGAAGCUUACCUUGACGCUCUCAGCGAAGCAACGCCAUCAGCAGUCACUCAAGUCACUCGAGGUGCUAAAGCAAAAGCAGUCAUUGUCACUGCCGGGUCUGGGAAAGCCUACCAAAGUGCAAUGGAGUACGUCGCCCCGUUUGGCAGCAUCGUCUGUGUGGGCAUCCCACCGCCGUCGCAGACAAUGAACAUCCACCCCAUACAAUUGAUUGACUCGGGCGUUUCAUUGUUUGGAAUAUUGGUGGGGACCCGGACCGAUACCAGGGAGGCUCUUGAGUUUGUCAGAAGGGGCAACGUUGUACCAGCAAUUAUACCGAUUCAACUUGAGGAGCUUGAGGCCAAUUACAAGAAUGUCGCUACGGCCACCGGUAAAUACAUUAUUACAUUAUAA